CUUUCGUCAUUGGAAUAAGGGGUUUGAAACUAGUUAGGGUUUUUGGGUUGGUUCAGUCGAGGAUUGAAAACUUGAAAUUCUUAGGCAACAAGACAAGUGGGAAAUGGAUCCGUUUUCGUCCCCAUCAACUGGAUCUUCUUCGAGCCAAUUCAAUCCUGAUGUUUUCAAGGAUCAGCUCAAGAACCAGCUUGCCCAGGCUUAUGCCGAGGAAUUCCUUGAGACUCUAAGGGCGAAGUGUUUUGAUAAGUGUGUCACAAAACCAGGAUCAAGCAUGAGUGGAAGUGAGAGCAGUUGCAUCUCUAGAUGUAUGGAUCGCUAUGUUGAGGCCACUGGUAUCAUUAGUAAAGCUCUAUUUAGUGGACCACCACAAUGAAAUUUUGAGGCAUGAAAAUUUUCUGAAGAAACAGGGUCAAAAGAUUUGAUAAGAAGCUUAGCUGCCCAUGAAAGUAUAAGAGACAUUUGUUUCAUAUAUUUCUAUUCGAACCUAUUCUUUAUCAUGGGGACAUAUGUUUUAGCUUAUUUCUAUUCACAGUGCAAUGUCUUUAAUCUACUGUCAUCUCUGGUUGAAUAACUUAAAUUCUUUGAUCAUUAUAAUGAAUAGUGUUCAUGUAACUAAUAUGGCCUUAAAUGUCACGAACGAUUGGCAUUUCAAACAGCUUUUGGUUAUAGACUUCAUUCCAAACCAUCAAACUUGACCAAUAUAACUUGUGAGUUUUGUGACA